CCUUUGUUUCUUCAAUCUGUGUGUGCGCGAAUCAUGACGCCUUCUUCUGGCCCUCCUCCUCCCUUCCAUCGUCAAUCAUAAAAGGGAAAAAAGGAAAGUUCUUCUCUUUCUCCUUCCUUCCUACCUUCCUUCCCUUGUACAGUUUCGCUUUCUCUGUUUCUGAUUAGCCCAAUUCAAAGCCCAAACCUCGAUGUCUAUGCUCCAUCCAAUCCCACCACCGACUUCACCACCCUCUUGGCCCAUCUAGGGUUUCUUUUUCUUCUUCUUCUUCUUUUUCUUUUUCCCUUUUUUUUUUUUUUUCAUUAUGAUGAUUUAUGUCGACGAUCUUUUCUUUUUCUUUGUUUGCUAGUUAAAAUUAGCCUACCCUGUUUCUUGAUUCCCUUAAAUUCCAAUUGGAUUCUGGGUAUAUUUCGUUCAAUUUUUAGGGUUUUUCUGGGGUUUUUGUGUUUAAAAACGAUGUUUAUAUGUGUUGUCAACUUUAGUAUCAUUUGAUUUGUCUCCAAUUUCGAGAAUCUUCCUACCCUUAUACCCCUUUUUCGCUGGAUUUGAAUCGGGUUCACUGUAUUGGAUUGGGAUUCUUGUUUCUUUCUUUCAUGGCGUAUCAACCGGGACCGAGCUCUGGAUCCAGUUCUAGUUCCGGGUUUCAGUACAUGAAUUCCCCUUUUGGUGAUACUACUUACACCAAGGUUUUUGUUGGGGGCCUUGCCUGGGAGACACAGAGCGAGACCAUGCGCCGUUAUUUUGAGCAGUUCGGUGAGAUUCUCGAGGCCGUUGUAAUUACUGACAAGAACACCGGCCGAUCCAAAGGCUAUGGUUUUGUGACUUUCCGGGACCCAGAGGCUGCUAGGAGAGCCUGUGCUGAUGCAGCUCCAGUUAUUGACGGCAGGCGUGCAAAUUGUAAUUUGGCCUCACUUGGACGACCUCGGCCUCCGGUGCCUUACGGUAUCAUCUCUAAUUUGUCUGGCCGUUUUAGACCACCUUCUCCUUACAUUGGUGGUGUUCAAGCUGGCCGAGGGAAUUAUUUUGGAAAUUUUGGCUACCAGCAACCACUUUCUUAUAGCUACCAACAAGGUGUUAUGUACCCUCCUUAUGGAUAUGCAACAUAUGGUCCUGAGUACGUCUACCCACAGGGUGUUUACAACCCUUAUGCAGCACAGCAGUACCUUCAGAUAUAUGGAGUUCCUGGAACAAUUAACACAGCUAUCUACCCUUAUGGACAAUUGGGUCAAACUGUUCCUAGUGGCCACGGUUACACAGCAGUACAAGGAUAUGCAAUGCCAAGUCAUCAACUAGUGCAAUUUGGUGGAGGCAGUGCUAAUGCAAUCACAACUUCUCAAAUGGCCACCAUUCAAGCACCAUAUCCUGCAGGUAUGGCAACACCUGUUCCAGCGCAACCACAGUUUAUUCUUACUCCUCAGUUCAUGCAAGGUAGCGGUUCUGACCAAACAACUGGGUGAGGGGUUGAUCAAGGUAUCCUUAGAUUGCAGCAGGACUAAGAGCAGUGGGACUGCUACUUGAGUGGCGGGCUUCAGAUCUAGCCUUGCAAAUUAUUUACUUUGCAUUCUAGAGGUAAUCCAUAGUCAUGCUCACCAGAGAAGUCAUUAUGUCUUGAGUCGCUCCUAAUGGCGGAGAAGGAACUUGGAGGAUGCAGGCUGCUCCUCCUUUUACCACAGUGUAACUAAACCACAUAUAAACUGCCGAAACUUGCAUAGAGUGGGAAGCAGCAAUGGAUUAUUGGAUGCUGGAAUCGGUUUCUAGCAACCACGUAGGAAUAAGAUGGUGUAAAAAUGCAUGGUAGAAUCAACAUAUGAUUCUUUUAUAGUCAUAGUCCUCCCAGCAUUUGGGUGUAUAGAUAGUCUCUGGUGUCUGUUGGUGGCAUCCUGCAUUGUAUGUAAACAAAUAUCAUUUUAGUUUUGUGCAUAUUAGUCAAACAUUCUCAACAGUAGCUCUGAGAGCCCAACUUCAAAGGAUGAGGGAAAGCUCCAGCUUCAUUUCCUUGGAAUUUUUAGGAAAGCAAACCUGUAUACAAAUGUUCUUAUUAUCAUUUCCUAUUAAACAUUAGUAAAAAAAAUUAAAAAAAAAAUAGUCACAUGAGUUGCAACAACGUUGUAAAGGAUUUUUGGGAUCCUUUUGUUUUAUAUUUCCUAACUAUUGUCUAAAUGAUUUUAAUGUUCAAAAUAGAAAGAACAUCGCUGGUGUUGGAAAGAACAUAAUCAGUGAUCGAUGGGCAAAGAAGCAAUUUUCAUUGGGUUUCCAUUUGCUUAGCUAGAAAAUUGUACAGUUUGGGCGUUUGGAUACUGAGAAAAUGGUUUUAAUCAGUGUUUUGGAAUAAGUAUUGCAUUAAUGG